AUGGCUGCGCUGGGGGGAAUUGGACAAGUUGGAAUCUCCGGAGGAGUUGGCUCGGGGGCGGCGGGAGCCGUUGCGGGCACGGAAAAUCAUGGAGAGAUCCCCGCAGAAGUUGAAAAUGCUGUCAUACCUUUAGUCUGGGCCAGCGAGUACCCUGGGAAGUCAAAGCAAACUGAACCAGUAAGCAUCGCACUCAGGCCAGGAGCAGUCCCGGUAAGGCAAAACCAGUAUCCUUUGAAAUUAGAAAACCGAAAAGGCCUAGCACCUAUAAUUGAAAAGUUCCUUAAAUUUGGUUUACUGGUAGAAUGUGAAUCCAGAUUUAAUACCCCCAUCCUACCAGUGAAAAAGGCCAAUGGCAAAAGCUAUCGGCUAGUCCAGGAUCUUAGGGCCAUCAAUAAAAUAACUGAGGACAUUUACCCAGUGGUAGCCAACCCCUAUAAACUGUUAACCACAUUGACAGAGGAUUUAGGAUGGUUCACUGCACUCGAUCUUAAAGAUGCCUUUUUCUGCAUUCCUGUACACAAAGACAGCCAGGAGAUUUUUGCCUUUGAGUGGGAAAAUCCUGAGACAGGGAGAAAAACGCAACUAACCUGGAGAGUUCUUCCACAAGGCUUUAAGAACAGUCCAACACUUUUUGGAAAUCAGUUGGCAAAAGAACUGGAGGACUGGAGAAGACAGCAGCAAGAAGGAGUUGUCCUGCAGUAUGUAGACGACAUCUUAAUUGCAGCCAAAAGCCGGGACCAAUGGAUCGAGCUCACUGUAAGUCUCUUGAACUUUUUGGGGCUAAGUGGGUAUCGGGUCUCGAGAGAGAAGGCACAGAUAGUCAAAGAGAUAGUCAUCUACCUGGGACUUGAAAUCUAUCGUGGGCAUCGGCGACUCAGUACAGAUCGAAAAGAGGCCAUUUGCCGUCUCCCAGAGCCCCACACUGUACGAGAAAUGCAGGCUUUCCUGGGAAUGGUAGGAUGGUGUCGGCUGUGGAUAGCUAACUAUGGGUUGCUGGUCAAACCUCUGUAUGAAGCCCUGAAAACGGCCAAAGAGGGAGUUGUAACAUGGACAGAUGAGACCAGAGAUGUGUUUAAACAACUGAAACAGUCCUUAAUGUCAGCUCCAGCGCUAGGACUACCAGAUUUGACUAAACCUUUUGAACUAUUCACACACGAGCAGUUGAAUGUUGCUCUGGGGGUAUUAUCGCAAACUCUGGGAAGCCAACGAAGAGCUGUGGCUUAUUUCUCUAAACAGCUGGACAGUGUUAGCCAAGGGUGGCCAGGGUGGCUGCGAGCCGUUGCAGCAACUGUUAUCCUGAUUGAAGAGGCCCGGAAGCUCACCCUUGGGCAGCAUAUCAUUGUGUAUGUACCCCAUGCAGUUCAAACCGUGCUUGAACAGAAGGGAGGCCACUGGCUGUCCCCCAGCAGAAUGCUUAAGUACCAGACUAUAGAGGAGACUUACUCCAGCAGACCAGACCUGAAAGAUGUGCCCCUGGAAAAUGCAGACUGGGAACUGUAUACAGACAGAAGCAGCUUCAUGCGAGAUGGUAAGCGCUUCACAGGGUAUGCAGUGACGACCAGAGACGAAGUGAUCGAGGCAAAGGCCUUGCCAGCAGGUGUGUCAUCCCAAAAAGCAGAAUUAAUCGCAUUGACAAGAGCCUUGGAACUGAGUGAAGGAAAGAAGAAAACAGUAAUAGAAACAAAUAUGACUGAAGCUGUGCAGUCCAUAGUAGGUAAGUGUGAAAUCUGCAAACGAAACAACCCAGAUACAUCAAAGAGAGUGGUACUAGGGGUAACAAAAGUUGGAGACCAACCCGGAGAUUACUGGCAAAUAGAUUUUGCUGAGUUACCACCAUGGGGGGGGUACAAAUACAUCCUUGUAUUGGUUGACACUUUCAGUGGAUGGCCUGAAGCAUACCCCUGUCGCACUAACACAGCAAGGGAAGUGGUAAAAGCUUUACUUAACCACAUAAUUCCAAGGUUUGGGGUUCCUCUAGGAAUGGCAUCAGACAGAGGAACACAUUUCAUUGCGACAGUAGUAAAAGAAGUAUGCUGCAUCCUGGGAAUUGUCUAGGACCUACAUACCCCCUAUAGACCUCAGGCUAGUGGCAAAGUUGAACGAAUGAAUGGCACUUUGAAAAUGCAAAUAAGCAAAAUUUGUCAGGAAACAUCUAUGUCGUGGGUUCAAGCUUUGCCACUAGCUCUGCUGAGGAUUCGUAUCCAGCCGAGGCGGAGGGAUAACAUAAGCCCAUAUGAAAUACUAUAUGGAAGACCAUAUCAGGCACCACAUAUACCAGGGGAUGUACACUUAAGAGGGAGAGCCGAUUUACAAAAAUAUUUGAUUGCUUUAGGCUCUACUUUGCAGAAACUGCAGAAGGUCAUCGAGUUAUCCAGACCCAUAGGACUGGACACCCCUGCUCACCCAUUCCAACCAGGAGACUGGGUCUACGUCAAGUGGUGGAACAGUGACCCCUUGCGAGCCAAGUGGAGAGGACCAUACCAAGUCCUGCUGACUUCCCUCACCGCCGUCAAAGUUGCUGGCAGAGAACCCUGGUUCCACUAUUCCAGAGUCAAGAAAGCAUCAGCUCCUGGAACAACCAGCCAAUCAGAACCGGACACCGAUGACGAGGAUGUGGAAUAGACUGCUUGUUCUGUGUAUUCUGUUCAUGCAACCGGUAACUAUGAACCGAGUUUGGGACCAAAAAUUGCAUGUGGCCCUAGUCCAAAACGUAUCUAAAAUUCUCCGGAAAACUGAAUGCUGGAUUUGUACUCAAGUACCAGCAAUUGAUGAUGAGAAUAGUGAGUGGCCCCUAAUUGGCAUUUUACUAAAUGAGACAAACUUCGGUAAGUCCAUGAUGAAUUUCCCAGGGACCUGGAAGCCAGUUACAGAGGUUUAUUAUCCGGUGGCCCUAAGUAAUGUAAUUUCUAAUCAGGAUGUUGUUCCCUGCAUGAUUAUAAACACUACAGGAAAAAUCAUUCUCCCCCCCUACUGUGAUAAAAACAAUUCAAAAGAAGAGAUAAACCCAGAAAUUGUUGCGGGGAUGGCACAGUUCCCUUUGAGAUUAAUUCCUCCC